GCAAAGCAUUCCUCCUUGCAGCAAUUGGUUCAUGGGACCUAUAAAUUAGUCUCAUCCAGAAACAGCAUAAAAUUUCUCUUUGGGGAGGUGGUCUGGUAACUAAAAAGGGCCAUGGCAAGAAAUGUGGUAAGCUUUCCCCAAGCCUUUGACCCAACAUGCCACUAUCAAAUAUUGCUGCUGGAUCAGAGAGACAGACUUCAUGGACAGAUCAGAAGUCUUCAUGAGGUUGCAAGGAAAAUCAACAAACUACGCAAGCGAUCCCUGAUUGCAAUUACUACUGGGAGUUCCCUGAGUGCAGUCGGAGCAGUCACAGCCAUCGUGGGGCUGUCCUUGAGUCCCGCCACUCUAGGCGCAUCUCUCCUGGCUUCUGCUGUGGGGUUGGGGUUAGCCACUGCUGGAGGGGCUGUCAGCAUCACUUCUGAUCUUUCCUUAGUGCUGUGUAACUCUAGGGAACUGAAAAAGGUGCAGGAGAUUACAGUGACCUGUCAGAGCCAGAUGAAGGAAAUCCUCAGCUGUUUGGAAUUCCUCCACCGCAGGCCAGGCCCAAUGGAUCCUAUGUUGCUCCCAUCAGAGAAAAAAGCUUCCAUCUCACUGUACAAUUCCAUCUGCUUCAUGGUGUUCUACGGUUCCCACAACUUCUUAGUGCCAGAGUACAAAAAGGAGGUGACAAAGGUAAGCCAGGCCAUGCUAAAGGCAAAAAUCCAAAAACUUGCUUCAAACCUGGAGACCUGCACAAGAGCUAUGGAUGAAGUCUGUAAACUCUUGGACUCCAGAACAGAGCUGUACUCCAAUGCAGGGCAUCUCAGCUUGGAUGAGCCACAACUGUGCAGCUGAAACAGGACUUUCUUACAAGAUGAAAACUGUAUCCAGAGAUGCUGAAUUAUUUAUUAAUUGUUAUUAAUAUUAUUAUUAGUGUUAACUGUGAUGAUCAUGAGUACUUGUGGUGUCACAGAGCUGGGGGAAUUUUGCAAGGUUCUUAUUUAAAUUUGACAGCAAACAUUUCCUCAAAAGGGAGCUUGUGCUUAAGCUCCUUGCAGCACUGGACUAGCUAUUCUAAAGGGAUACAAUGGAAAUCUAGCCUAUAAGGUAAAUGACAGGAGAUUUCAGACCCCAUAGUUAGUGAAAGGUCAGGAAAUACAUGCUGGAUAAAAGCCUGACCUCUUCAAAUUUUACUAACUCCCUUCUGGUAUUUCUCCCUAAUGGCAAGUGGACUGGAUCUGGAGUUAGUUUACAGCCCUCCCCCAAUAAGAAAUAAUCUGUGAAGGCUGCUGCUUAUUAUUGUAAAGGAACCAAAAUCUACUCUAACACAUUGCCUGAUGAGUAGAACCUGGAUAUGUAUAAAGAGACAUCAGAAAAAGCUAUUUAUUGAAGCAGCCAGAGAUGAUAGACCAUAUGCGCUAGAUGGCAGCAUUGCAUGUAUAAAUACUACACACAUCACAGUGAUCUAUGUGGCAUAUAUAAAAAGAGACCUUCCCACGCUGAAAGGUCUAACACAGAAAUUAUUUUUUAAAUUCUAUUUAUUGAUACAGAGCUAUUUUAAGCGUUUGGGUAGUUAUUAAAUGAACAUGGUAAAGCAAUGACCUCUCUUCCAGAGGGAAGCACUUGUUCUGAGAGGCAAAGCAAAUCUGUUGUAGAGUAUGAUGGGAAACGUUUCCUAUUCUUCGAUCAUAAGACAUUGCAGCAUCCUGUUGGAAAAAAAGGAAGGAAUUAAAAAGCUGUGUGGAUUACAGGCAGCCAAGAAGAGAUCUCAGAAUGGGAGGGGACCAAGUAGAAAAGAGGCAUGAAUUACCUUAGGACAGGGCACUCCUCUUGAAAUAGGAAAAGGAAAGUGAUGGUUCUUUUUGUGAAGGGGAGGUAGCUACAGGAAAUGGUGUCACAUUUGGGAUAUGUAGACAAGCUCAGGUGGCAAGAGAUUCAACUAUUAGCAACAUCAAUAGCUGGAUGUCCAAAGAAUCAGGGAGAAUGACUUGUAUGAGGCACAAGGAUGCUGGACUUCAUGAAACGGCAUUCUUCUAAUAAAGAUUGCUGUGGAGGAGUCUAUGGCUGAUGGCUAUGAUGUAUAUUGGUACUAAUGAUAGGAAAAGAUGUAGAGGGGACUGAUGAUCCAGUGGUGAGAGCACCAGCUGAGCACCUGGGAGACCCAGCUUCAAGUCCCUGCUGUGCUACAGAUUUCCUGGGUGAACUUGGACAAGUCAUUUGGCCUUUCUGUGCUUUAGAAACCCAUCUGUAAAAAUGGGAAUAGCAAUUCUCUACCUCACAGGGUUGUUUUGAGGAUUGUUAUGUUGAAUAUUUUGAUGUGCUCAGAUAAGUUCCUAAGACAGGUGCAUAAAAAUGGUCCUAGAAGCUAGCUAGGCAAAGGUAUAUUUUAGAGCAGGCCUAGACAGGUAGGAGACGUUUCCAGGCCUUGGUGCACAGAUUAAGAAGUAAUCUAAAGAGAAGAGGUUUGCAUUUAUGAGACAUUGAGGAAAUUAUUUGGGAAAGAAGGCUCAUCCAUAAAGUAUGCUUGAAUGUCUAUUGUUUUUCUGCUCUUCUUAUGCUCCUGAAACAUGGUUUUAUGUACACUGAAAAUUAAAACCAUUUGUCACUUGGA